AUCAAGAACAAGACCAUCUAGUCACCGCGCGGUCGCUUAACCUCAUAGACCCCACUGCAAACAGUCACAAGCCUCUCGGCACCACAUCAAUCAACGUUGCCGAAGUGGUGGUCUCUACACUUCCUGUCAACGCUGCUGAGGCAACUGACACGUGCGACUGACUGUGAGCGCUGACAUGGCGAGGGAGCCAUUCCUGAGACCGCUCAGCAGAGGCCGUUCUGUGCUUCUGGAGCCUUACCGCACGACGAUUGUAUCUGCUUGGUUCUGGACGAGGCAGAGGAUGAGUCCGUUCCGAAUGCGAGCGGCCACAGCCGCCUACCUGCUGACGUACGCGGGAUCCAUGUGCCAGUGGCCGUACGAGUACCGGUUUUACGACGACUGCGGACUGGCGACCCACGAUGUCUACGUCAUCCUGGGCAUUCAGCAGUUGGCCGUCCUCUUGGGUCCCUACCUGGUGGCAUGGCUGGGUUUGCGGAGAGCCGACGCUCCCGUCCUGCGUCCCAAGGCCACCGUGACGCUGUGCCUGCUGGCGACUGCGUUGGCCUGCGAGGUAAAGAGGGCCGGUCUGUGUUGGGAGACCUGCUUUGUCGUGGGUCUGGGCCCGUCUACGGCCGCCGCGUUGCUCGACCUCAAGGAUCACGUGCUCCUGGCCAGGCACCUGCAGGUGUACGCCACUAUGCUCGUCUGGGCGGUGACGGGUGUGCUGGUGGAUGUGUAUGGCUACGGAGUCGAGUGCGUCUACUCUCUGGCGUCGGCACUCUACGCGACAGCAAUGGUGGUCGUCCUGCUUGGAGUAGACGCCAGCAACGACAUGGUGCCUUCGAAGCCGCAGGGUGUCGCCACUGCUCCUGAUAUUCGGAUGGGCCCGGAAUGGGCGCUUCGCCGUUUCGCGCUGCUGCUCGAAGACACCGAGGCGCUGACCACGUGCGCCGCCCGGUUCCUGCUGGAGGCGGUGGCCGUGCUGAACCGCGCCGUCUUCGAGAUGAGCGGCCCGUAUGCGUGCGGCAGGAUGGUCACCUCCCUCGCGCUGAUCUUCCUCUUCAGACAGUGCGCCGACACCGUCGCCUCGUCCAUCGCCGUGGUGACGGACUCGAGCGGCGUGAGCGGCGCGGCGCGUGCGGCCAGCGGGGCGGCCGUCUGCCUGUCCGCCUUCGCCUCCUCGUACCGCUACUCGACGCCCGCGCGGCCCGAGCACUGCACGGCGCACGCGAUCCUCUCCUUCGGGACCACCGUGGCCACGGCGGGAGACCUGACGCCGCCCUGGCACCGCAGCGCGCUGGCCGGGCUGUUGGCGACAGGGAUCCUAUUGUGGCCUCGCGACGACCCCGAGGCCGAGCUCGCCAUAAUCCUGGGUUGGAUGUCAUCCCUAACCGUCAUGGCCUUCUCGAUUGUGGCUACGGGCUUCGUGUUGUCGUACUGGUGUCCCACCAUUGUUGAUCGCAGGCCAAAAUCUUUGUGGUGGCACUAUUGACAGUUCUUAAAGACGCGCCUAUCCUGUCAGUGACGUUGUUGACAAAAAGGGACCUGGCCGGGAGACAUCGAUUGCUGUUAAGUUUCUUCAUCUUUAAGGUUACUUGCUUAAGAAAUAAUUCGCAACCAACUUCGUUGCUUUUCUUUUUA